AUGACCAUCACAUCACGCUGGCAGGUGCCCAUUCCGCGCUGCUCCCUGCAGCAAUGGAUCCUCGGGUCAGCAUGUGGUCCCAUCUCCGACCACCAGGCCUUCAUCGACCCAGACAACCAUGAGACCAACUAUCUCACCAUGAGCGACUACCGUCUGCUCUCAAAGCGCGUUGCCCUGGGCCUUCAGAAGGAAGGGAUCAAGAAGGGCGACCGGGUCCUCAUCUUCUCCAGCAACAGCCUCCUCUUCCCCUCCGUCUUCCUCGGCGUCCUCAUGGCUGGCGGUAUAGUGACCGGGGCCAACCCGACGUUCGUUCCACGGGAGCUGGCAUACCAGCUCAAAGACAGCGGAGCGAGGUUCCUCUUCGUUGCCGAGCAGGCCGUGAAGACGGCCCUCGAAGCAGCGGCCGAGGUCGGGUUGCCCAAAGACCGCAUCUUCGUCCUGGGCAACAGCACCGUCCCAACCUCCCGCCUCGCACAAGCCCCUUCCCCCGGGCCCGGCGCCAGGGGCCGCGUAGACGGCGCACACCACUGGACAGAACUCCUCGCCGGCCACCCCCGCCAAGCCGAGACCUGGAGCUGGGAGGAACCCUCCAACCCGGAAGAAACCACCUGCUGCCUCAACUACUCCAGCGGCACCACGGGCGUGCCCAAAGGCGUCGAGAUCAGCCACCACUCGUACGUCGCCAACGGCGUCGGGGUCGUGCACAUCAACAACAUGCGCCCCGACGCCGCCGAGCGCCAGGCGCGCGAGCGCGGGCUGGCCUUCCUCCCCUUCUACCACGCCUACGGCCAGACCUACUUCAUCGCCAACCUCCCGCACCUGCGCAUCCCGGUGUACGUCAUGCCCUCCUUCGACUUCGUCAAGAUGCUCUCGCACAUCCAGCGCUUCCGCGUCACCACCCUCCCCGUCGUGCCCCCCAUCGUCGUGCUGCUCGCCAAGCACCCCGCCACCCGCCAGUACGACCUCUCCUCCAUCGAGACCAUCGCCUCGGGCGCCGCCCCCCUGACCCGCGAGGUCUGCGAGGAGGUCGAGCGCCUCUUCCCCGGCAAGGGCCUGUUCGUGCGCCAGGGCUGGGGCAUGACCGAGGUCACCUGCACGGCCAUCGCGUGGGACCUGACGUCGGCGGUGGGGGGCUCGGCCGGCGUGGGUGAGGUGUACCCCAACUGCCGGGCGCGGCUGGUGGCGCUGGACGGGAAGACGCCGAUUGAGAAGGCGCGGGUCACGGGUGAGUUGUGGGUUACGGGCCCGACGCUCAUGCGGCGCUACUGGAACAAGCCCGAGGCGACGGCCGAGACGAUCGUGGUGGAUGCGGAGGGGACAAGGUGGUUGCGCACGGGGGAUAUCGCCUUUGUGGAGGAGUACAAGCCGGGGGGCAUUUUCCAUGUCGUGGACCGGGUGAAGGAGCUGAUCAAGGUCAAGGGUAAUCAGGUGGCGCCGGCGGAGCUGGAGGGGGUGUUGUUGGAGAACCCGGACGUGGCGGACGCGGCGGUGGUUGGGGUGACGAUUGGGGGCGAGGAGGUGCCGCGGGCGUAUGUGGUGCGGCGGCCGCAGUCGACAGCUUCGGAGAAGGACGUGGCUGCAUGGAUGGAGGGCAAGGUCACCCACUACAAGCGCCUCAAGGGCGGUGUUGUGUUUGUGGAUGCUGUUCCCAAGAAUCCGUCUGGCAAGAUUCUCCGGAAGCAGCUUCGGGAUCGCGCCAAGCAGGAGGUGGGCGACAGCAAACAGAAGCCAUCACGACUCUGA